CUGGCCCGUUGGCUGCUGCCGGCGGGGGGAGGCGGAAGAUGGCGGCGGCCGCGGCGGCGCUGCUCUCGGCCUGGUUCUGGAACGAGCGCUUCUGGCUGCCGCACAACGUCACCUGGGCGGACUUGGCGGGGGAGCCGGGCCCGGAGGGCGGCAGCGGCACCCAGUACCCCCAGGCCGGGCACGUCCUCUCCGCCUUCCCGCUCGCGCUGGGCAUCUUCGCCGUCAGGCUGCUGUUCGAGAGGUUUAUUGCCAAACCAUGUGCCAUAAAGCUUGGCAUUCAAGACAAUGGACCUCACAGAGCUCAGCCCAAUGCAAUUCUAGAGAAAGUGUUUACAUCCAUCACUAAGUGUCCAGAUGGAAGAAGGUUAGAAGGUUUGUCAAAGCAGCUAGACUGGGAUGUUCGAAAGAUCCAGCGCUGGUUUCGCCAUCGUAGGAACCAGGACAAACCCACCAUCCUCACUAAGUUUUGUGAGAGCAUGUGGAGGUUUAUGUUUUAUUUAAGUAUAUUUUCUUAUGGACUCAAAUUUAUCUGGUCGUCACCCUGGUUUUGGGACACACGACAAUGCUGGUACAACUACCCUUUUCAACCCCUAAUAUCCAGUCUUUACUAUUAUUAUAUCAUGGAGCUGGCCUUCUAUUGGUCUCUCAUGUUUUCUCAGUUUACAGACAUUAAACGGAAGGAUUUCCUGAUCAUGUUUGUCCAUCACUUGGCUACAAUUGGACUCAUUACAUUUUCCUAUAUGAAUAACAUGGUGCGGGUGGGAACUCUGGUGCUAUGUCUACAUGAUGCCUCAGACUUCCUCUUAGAGGCUGCAAAGCUGGCCAAUUAUGCCAAGUACCAGCGCCUGUGUGAUGCCACCUUCAUGCUCUUUGGUGUUGUGUUCAUAGUCACUCGACUGGGUAUUUACCCUUUCUGGAUCUUGAAUACUACCUUGUUUGAGAGCUGGGAGCUGAUUGGUCCUUAUCCUUCAUGGUGGUUGUUCAAUGGACUGUUGGUAACCCUGCAGGUUCUGCACAUCAUCUGGUCCUGUCUCAUCAUUCGCAUUGCCUACAAGGCCCUGAUGCGAGGAAAGGUAUCAAAAGAUGAUCGCAGUGAUGUAGAGAGCAGCUCUGAAGAGGAGGACAUGACUUCAAAUAGCACAAAAGGAAUCUUCAGCACUUCAAGCAAUGGUGCCAAUCGGAUUAAUGGUCAUGUGGCUAGUGCCCAAUGGGCAGAAGAGGAGUAAGGCCGGCGGUGGUCUCCAGCAAACACGGACUUGUCUCUAAAUAUCUAGAUGUGUUGCACUCCACAUUCCUAAGUGAUCUUUAAUCAAGAUACCCCUUCCCUCAAAAAACAUCCAUCAAAUUGGAGAUGGGCACAAUCCAGACCAGUCUAAAGUUUCACACCACAGAAGGGACCGAGCCAAUUACUAGUGCAAAAACAAAGAUGCAAAUUUCACUUUUUAAAGAAAAUAAGCCAUUUUGUAUUUAAUAGUCUCCUAGACCCAUCUCUAAUAUUAUUUGCAGAAGUAUUUUUGUGUGUGACAAACUGGUUUUUACGAAGAUCAACUCAAGCUUGAUGGGAUGGACAUUGACUGUGGACUGGUUAUGGUACCAUUCCAAAAAUGUUUCUUGACCCAGUGCAAGUUCAGUCUGUUUUCUUGAUGCACUCCAGGAUCCAUUUAGAUUGUGUGGUCUAGUAUCACUCAGAUACAUCAUGCUGUAAGCUGCCCAGGCUGUAGCACAGAAGUUUUUUUUAAAUCAUGUUUAAAUUAUCAGUCCUGCUGUGACUGUGUUACAGCCAUGCAUUGAAUCAGAUUGUGAUGGACAAAGCAUGUUUUAACUUGCCAUUUGGAUGCUAUGUGCUAAAGAGAUUAUAGUUUAUAAUCUGUGCUGUUAAGAUGGACCAAGUGGUAUUUGCUGCCUAUUGUGGUGCUGAAAUGCCCAUCCAAAGUCUUAAAAAUGUUGCACUCCUGACCCUAACUUAGAAAACUAUCACAGCACAUGCAUACCUGCAACUCGUGAAUUUUACAGGAGUUAUGGGAUGUGGUUGGUUAGAUUUAUAAGACAGGCCAUUAGCCAAAGAUGGAGCAAUGCUGGUGGGUUAUAUUAACUUUCCACACAGGCAGAGUUUGCAGCCCUGCCUGUGUGUUUUUUAAGACAGAAGUGAGCAUUGCUGCAGCUGCCUUUCCAGCCCACUGACUUCUGAAAUCAGGACAGCAGAGGCUUCACUUCUUUCUUUACUCAAUGGUACUUCAGGGGCAAUGGAAGACACCUGAAUGUGUCAUAAUCAUGUGCAGGACUUCAGAAAUUUCUUGAGUUAUUUUAUACAAUUGUUUACUCUUAUCUGAUUAAAAAAAGCUUCAGAAACUGGUCUGACUUGCAUUUUUACUGCACUUCUCUAAGAAGGCUUUGUAAACUUCUCACCUUGACAUAUUGAGCAAGUUUGGCAUAUAAAUAAGAACUCCUAUACACUGCAGAAAGUUGUAGUAUUGCUCUUCUUGUUGAGUUGCUUCUAAACCAGUGAACCCCCUAAUACCCUAGGCAGAAUGGUGCUGGUAGGAACAGCUGAAUCAAAUGAGAGAGAAUACUGUUGUUUAAGAUUCUGUGCUUCACUUAAGUGCCAGCUAGGAUGCUUGGACCACAGGUCAAAUGAGCUUUAAUCAAGUGUCAUGCUCUUCUCUCUCUCUCACACACACAUUUGGAAAAUUAUUCACUGUGUGCAAAGCUCGACAAAUUACCUUCAUGAAUAUUUUCAUUAGCCCUAGCUCCAAUAACUUCUAUUCAGUGUCCCUAAAUUGCCCCAAAGUUAGUGUACCUCACUGAACUUCCUUCUUGGGCUGAACUUUCACUAUGCAUUCUACUCAAGUAUAUCUAUGGCAAGAGAACCUUGUGUGUACUGGGGAUCAAGCUUACAUUUAUCAAUGUAGAGUUCAAAUUUGAGUUUUUUAAAGCAGAUACCUAAUACCACUUUAUUUUCUUGGAGUAGACUUAGUUUUAGUUCAUCCAUUCACAGCAGUUAGUAAUCUAGGUUUAAUUUUCUUUGACUCUUCAUACAAGUUUUAUCCUAAAUCCCUGUAUCCUUAUACUUGUGUAAAGCCUCCAUCUUCUUAGUUGUUCCACUCAACCAAAGUAAGAUGUUUUCUUUCUGGAAGAUGGUCUCUGCAUUUCCAUUACCAUGCCUAGUAUGGCCAAAUGCUUUUCCAAGUAGCCUUUGCCAAAUCUACUUCCACUUCAUACGAUCUUUAGAGAAAUACUUACACAUACUUCAAUUAAGGAAAUUCUAAAGUUAAUAAGAGGAACUGGCAGCUGCUGCUUCACCUGUUUUAUAGCACUGUUAUUUUAGUAGCAUUGAGAUAAAACAGCCCAAAGUCUUGGUGCUCAGACCAGAAUCUACAGCAAACUCCAUUGUCCACAAUUUUUUUCCAAAUAAAGGAAAGUUCUUGUAAGAAUUUGCCACUUUUAAUCUCAGAACUGUCUAACAUUGAAAUGAAACUCCACAAAUUAAGCUUGUGGAAGUGAGUGUCUGGCAAUAGGGAGGAGGACUCAUGACUAUCAAAUUCAUGCAUUUCUGGAUGGUUUGGUGACUGGAAGACUUUACUGUGGAUGUCAAACCAUUGGUUACAAAAUCUAAUUCGCUUGGGAGCAGGACUCAGUCCAAAGCUGUCCCAGAAAUUUGCUCUCCACUUCCUCAGUUUGAGUCUACACUAGGAAAUUAGGUCAGUAUAACUAUCACUCAG